GGAGAAACAGCCACCUGAGGUGACGCUGACUUGGCUCGCUUUCAGUGAGAGCGACUGCAGACCCAUAUUCUCUGAGAGCGACCUUUACCGGCCCGGCGCGUCAGGCUCCAGCUUUCCGAAGAGACAGCGCUCCUUGUCGCGGCUUCCGCCUGCCAUUUCCAGGUCUGAGCGUCUGUGCAGGGUGACAGCAGCGGUCCGACAUGGCUAAAAGCACGGCCAUCGGCAUCGACCUGGGCACCACCUACUCCUGCGUGGGGGUGUUCCAGCACGGCAAGGUGGAGAUCAUCGCCAACGACCAGGGCAACCGCACCACCCCCAGCUACGUGGCCUUCACCGACACCGAGCGGCUGAUCGGGGAUGCGGCCAAGAACCAGGUGGCGCUGAACCCGCAGAACACGGUGUUUGACGCGAAGCGGCUGAUCGGCCGCAAGUUCGGCGACCCGGUGGUGCAGUCAGACAUGAAGCACUGGCCCUUCCAGGUGAUCAACGACGGAGACAAGCCCAAGGUGAAGGUGAGCUACAAGGGGGAGACCAAGGCGUUCUACCCCGAAGAGAUCUCGUCCAUGGUGCUGACCAAGAUGAAGGAGAUCGCCGAGGCGUACCUGGGCUACCCGGUGACAAACGCAGUGAUCACCGUGCCGGCCUACUUCAACGACUCUCAGCGCCAGGCCACCAAGGAUGCGGGGGUGAUUGCGGGGCUGAACGUGCUGAGAAUCAUCAACGAGCCCACAGCGGCCGCCAUCGCCUAUGGCCUGGACCGGACGGGCAAGGGGGAGCGCAACGUGCUCAUUUUUGACCUGGGUGGCGGUACGUUUGACGUGUCGAUCCUGACGAUCGACGAUGGCAUCUUCGAGGUGAAGGCCACGGCCGGGGACACCCACCUGGGUGGGGAGGACUUUGACAACAGGCUGGUGAGCCACUUCGUGGAAGAGUUCAAGAGGAAGCACAAGAAGGACAUCAGCCAGAACAAGCGAGCUGUGAGGCGGCUGCGUACCGCCUGUGAGAGGGCCAAGAGGACCCUGUCGUCCAGCACCCAGGCCAGCCUGGAGAUUGACUCCUUGUUUGAGGGCAUCGACUUCUACACGUCCAUCACCAGGGCGCGCUUCGAAGAGCUGUGCUCCGACCUGUUCCGCAGCACCCUGGAGCCUGUGGAGAAGGCUCUGCGUGACGCCAAGCUGGACAAGGCGCAGAUCCACGACCUGGUCCUCGUGGGGGGCUCCACACGCAUCCCCAAGGUGCAGAAGCUGCUGCAGGACUUCUUCAACGGGCGCGACCUCAACAAGAGCAUCAACCCCGACGAGGCGGUGGCCUACGGGGCGGCGGUGCAGGCAGCCAUCCUGAUGGGGGACAAAUCUGAAAACGUGCAGGACCUACUGCUGCUGGAUGUGGCUCCCCUCUCCCUGGGGUUGGAGACUGCCGGGGGCGUGAUGACUGCCCUAAUCAAGCGCAACUCCACCAUCCCCACCAAGCAGACGCAGAUCUUCACCACCUACUCCGACAACCAGCCUGGAGUGCUGAUCCAGGUGUACGAGGGCGAGAGGGCCAUGACGCGAGACAACAACCUGCUGGGUCGAUUCGAGCUGAGUGGCAUCCCUCCGGCCCCCCGGGGUGUGCCCCAGAUCGAGGUGACCUUUGACAUCGACGCCAAUGGCAUCCUGAACGUGACGGCCACCGACAAGAGCACGGGCAAGGCCAACAAGAUCACCAUCACUAACGACAAAGGCCGCCUGAGUAAGGAGGACAUUGAGCGCAUGGUGCAGGAGGCUGAGAAGUACAAAGCGGAGGACGAGGUGCAGCGCGAGAGGGUGUCUGCCAAGAAUGCCCUGGAGUCCUAUGCCUUCAACAUGAAGAGCGCAGUGGAGGAUGAGGGGCUCAAGGGCAAGAUCAGUGAGGCUGACAAGAAGAAGGUGCUGGACAAGUGCCAGGAGGUGAUCUCCUGGCUGGAUGCCAACACCCUGGCGGAGAAGGAUGAGUUUGAGCACAAGAGGAAGGAGCUGGAGCAGGUGUGUAACCCCAUCAUUACUGGACUGUACCAGGGUGCGGGUGGCCCCAGGGCCGGUGGCUUUGGGGCUCAAGCUCCCCAGGGGGGCUCUGCCUCUGGCCCCACUAUUGAGGAGGUGGAUUAGGGACCCUUCUCUCAUUUGUCCUUGUGUGUCUUUGAGAUGGUUGGGAUUCAAGACUUUACAUUGCCUUAUAUUUUCUGCUUUCUCAGCUCUCGAUUUCAUACGUUGGUUGUAAAGUUGAAUUGUAUCUGUGUUAGCAAAGUGAUGAACGUGCUUUUUUCCAGUUUCUAAGUGUAACGAUGAGUUCAUACUGCCACCCUUUGUUUCACUUUUUGUAAUAGUCAUACCCAAACUUGGGCUUUUUUUUUUUUUUUUACUGGUUAUUUCAAAGUAAAAUAAUGUCAAAAUAUCAAGUGUGUUGUGUACGUUUGUCUUUUAUUUCUACUUAAGGGUCUGCAUAGUUUGUUUUUUUACAAUGUCUCAAAUUGAAUGGCAAUUUGUGUCUUAUGUAAGGAAAGGGAUUUGGGAAAAUAUGGCUAUAUUGCAGUAUGAAUCAUUUGUGUUAGACAAAUGGUAUCCUUGGGAGGGUAAAAACAACUUUAUUCUGAGUGGGUUAAGUCUCUGAGCCAAGAGAAAGUUAAGAGCUUAUGGCAUGGUGGCCUCCAAGUGGGCAAGAGGGCAGACCUGCAUUAGAGUGGCCACAAUAAGGGGUGAGGUGGAGAAUUUCUGGAGGAGGAAAGGAGAGGCAGUUAAAUGGGAGGACCACGGCUACUCACUCCUGCAGGUGCAGCUAAUACAUUCAGAGGCCUGUGUUUCAUCUGGAUUCAAUAUUAAAAGUUCUAAAUUGGUAGUGAGGAGAUGUGGGUUUAAGCACUGGCUUGUUAAGUUAUGCACAAGUGCCGUAACCACUGAUCCCUAGUUUUCAUCUUUUAAAACGAAAGGCUUUCCUCUGAGGCCACAUUUUAAGUACUCCAGUUUUUGGUUGGGAGCAAGCGCUUUAGAGAGAUGUCACCUGAGUGUGGGGCCACAAUGGCAGAAGGGACCCAACAUUUGAGUGUCUCUUACACCAGGCACUACAGUAGGGCCUCUUAUGUGGUAAUUCUUGGACCUACCACAUUGAGUUAGGUAAUGUUCUUUCACCGGUGAACAUAUGGAGAAACCUAAAAGUUACAUAACUAAAGCUGCUUAACGGUUAAAAAAAAUCACGCAGGGCUGCUUAGGUAUUUUGCCAUGCUGCCCCGAGUUCACAGGGCUUUUGUUUCAGCAUGCCUGGUUUUAGGUUAUAUUUCUACCCUAGGUUUCACAGUUACCCU